AUGAGCUCACCAACACCGAUUCCCGGCAGUAAGCUGCACAACACUGAGGCCUUCCAGAAUGGUCACUGGGAGGAACCACUAAACCUCUCCAACAGGUCAGAGGGGAAGAGGGGUCUUGACACAUGCUCACUCCCUUCAGCAUGGCAACCGCCAGUCACUGGGAAGAUAGCAGACUGCAGGCUAUUGUGGGACUACGUUUAUCAGCUACUGUCUGACAGUCGAUAUGAGCAGUACAUCAGGUGGGAGGAUAAAGAGUCCAAGAUCUUCCGUGUCAUUGAUCCCAAUGGUCUGGCACGACUCUGGGGAAAUCACAAGAACCGAGCAAAUAUGACAUAUGAGAAAAUGUCAAGAGCUCUACGGCAUUAUUAUAAACUAAACAUCAUCAGAAAGGAGCCCGGCCAGAAACUCAUCUUCAGGUUCCUGAAGACCCCAGAUCAAAUCACCCAUAAACCGGAAAAAUUGGAGCAACUGGAAUUACAUGAGCAGGAAGGAGCCGAUUUUAACGAGGACACAUUUCAGCUCUCUCCAUGA